CAACAGAAGAGAUUCUUGGGUCCUAUAGACCAAAGAAAGAAUCAGCAGGAAUGCCCAGGGUGAAUGAUGGAUUGCAGAGCCUGGCUGGCACAUUUUUUGCCCUCCCCGCCUCCAAAUUGCCUCAGUUACAAAUCGGAAGGCAGGCUUGGUGACCAGGACUGGCAAGCACAUUUUAAAGUCCCAUGCUGUGGAGUUGAUCCAUCUCAACUUGAGUCAGAAGAGGCAGAAGUGGAUGUGAGAGAAAGAGACACACAGAGAGACAGAGAGCCAAAGAGGGCAAGAGACUUGACUUUAAGAGACUCCUGUACUGACAACUCCAUGCAGUUCGGAACCAGAACGACUGCGGCUGGACCAGGGUUCAUGGGGACAUGGCAAAAUGCUGAUACUAACCUCUUAUUCAGAAUGUCCCAACAGAACAUCCUCAGACACCAUGAUGUCACUCUACCUCCACAAGAGAGAUUCCAAAUCUUAAGUGCGCUAGAGCAGAGCAAUGAAAUCAACAACGAUUCUUUGUUGGCUUCUUACAUGAGCCUGAGGAAAAACGUCUUCUAA